CCGGGGAACCCUCUGGAUUCUUCUUAACAACGUAUCCUCGGAUCCUAUGAGAUGUGUCCAACAACUGCAUUAGGCGCUGAUUAAGACAUUGUCCUACUACCAGGCUGCCAAUUCAGAUACGGAUAUCGUUAUAUCUUACCAGGAUCUAUAAGAUUUUCGCACAAAAUGGUAGGAGGCAAACACUGGAUUCUCAUUCUAACAGAACUCACACUCCUGUGUGUCGUUGUUGUAACAGUUAACGAAGAGAACCAGAGAAGGAUCAACGUUCUGCGCGAGCUUUCCAGUAAGUUUCGAGAGUUUCGGUAUAGAUCCCAGUAUGGCGUUUUAUAUAUGCCACCUCCUAACAGCCCAUCGUCAGUAGUCUACAAUCCGGACAACCCUUCCCUUAUCUUCAACAAUCAAAACAGAGGGAUCUUGUACCCUUCCUUUCCAUCAAGGAACCUCCCUGCCCAGUUUCAGCAUAACUAUGCGGCUGCAAAUCCAGAUUAUCGUGGGAACGUUUAUGGCAUCGCACUCCACCGGCCUGGAACAUCGACUAUUCACACCGAAGACUUACUUCUCAACAUGGUGUUUGAAAGAAUGCUAGAGUGGUAUAAGAAGUAUUAUGGACAAGACCCAUCUGCAAUUUACCUGUUCACACACUUCAUCCCGUGUCCAGAAUGUACUACAAUCAUACAGAAUGCUUUGACAACCACUCUUGUCGAUACGAAUGGAAACAUUAUCCCUCUGUAUGUCGGAUUUAGUCAGCUUCUCGGUGGAGUACCAAAUGAAAACAGAAACGAGGCUAGAAAUCGAAUGAAUAACUUGCGAAACAUCUUAAAUAAUCGUAAUGGACGUCUAUUCGAUAUAGGUAGGACCGUGCCUGGAACAUCAACUGCAGCAUGUACGGAGUGGGGUAUCCCAAGACGACCCAAACGACAGGCACAAACCACUGGCGAAUGUUCAGAGGAUGAGUUUUUCUUCCUUCGAAUGGACUUCACAACUGGAAAGGUUCAGGUUGUUUGGGACCUGCCAAAUAUAAACCUUGGCAGCUAUGCUUGGGUUGGUCUUUAUGACAAAACGGGAACUAGGAAGACUUCGGAAUAUUUGUCGAAGGAAAAGGCUGGCAUCAAAACGUUUAAUUAUUACAUGAGUGACGGUAUAGAGGCUCGUCUGUCCGAUUCCUACAGAGAAAAUAUUGUGAGGACAUCCUAUCCGUGGAACAACUGUGGAUUCGGAUGGCGCAAAAUGAAUAAACUUCCUGUAUCAUAUGGAGAUGUAUAUAUGGCGUUAACAGUUGCUAACGGUUACCCUAAAGUUGGAAUAGCGUUCUGCAAAGGACGAGGUGUAGCUAACAAGCAUGACUACGUUAUCACACAAAAUUUUGACCAGGCUUUUGCGAAUAAAUAUCAAGGCUACCAGUGGAUUUCGGAACUUAGCACUGCUUAUACACAUAUAUAUAAGUACACAUACGGGGAGAAGAGUGUCAAUGUCUGGGGGAUUCCGAGUGAAAUACGUGUAUAGCACUACAUUUAAGUACAACUUCGAGGAAGUUUACGACAAUGCCUCUCCAUUUUGGACACCAGGGGGAUGUACUGGUGUAGAGUCUACUUCGGAGAAUUCCUACAACAAGGAUCCUUGUAAUGCCGGGACACUUCUUGGUGGAGAUAACUUGGUCUUAGCUGUAACUGUAAUCCUGUGUUCUCUACUGGUUUCAGGCUAGAUGACAAAUGUCUAUACCUUGGUGAAUUUACGACCCUGGCCAUGGGUUAUUAUUUUGAUAAACAGAUAACUCCUGUACUGUAUGAUUAUAGGCAGCAAAAAUGAAAAACAAUGUAUCCUUUCAUUGGCAUAUUAAUUAUGAAGUAGUACACGCGGAUUUUCUGAAAAUAUGUUUACACAGGAAAUUCAGUUUUACAUGCAGCACAAAAAAAUGGAUGGUAGCAGACGAGGUAAGGUAACAGAAAAACCCUAAUGUUGAACAUUUGUCAAAACAAGAUUAUUUCUGCCUUUGGGAUAGAGAUAUUGAAUUUCAAAUAGGUUUCAGAAAAUGUGUAGGGAAUUGUGUCAUUUUGGGUAAAUAUUUUUAUUUGGUGGUUAUAUGGUUUAAACAAGGCUGAAGAAAGAGAAAUAAAAAAAUAAGUUUAUUCAUCCUUCACAGCUGUAUUUAAAUUGUUCAGGUGGUAUAGAUAACAAACUAGAUCUUCUUUUGUAUAUAUAUGUAUGGUUUUCUGACUAUGUUUACAUAUCAAAAACAUGCGCCAUAUUUUUUAGAAUUGGGCACGUUUACUGUACACUGCUAUACAAAUAUAGGCACUGAGUUUCAACCAGUGGGAGGGUGACUUUCAUUUAGAUUUUUUAUGCAAAUGCGUUGAAUCCGGGGGAUGACAACAUUCCUGACUUUGGAACGCCGCAUUACUUUUAGAUUUCAUACUCUUGCCCCCUGGCCCUAAAAACAACUUUAAUUCCAAACAAACAAAAAACUACACACAACUUGACACUUUUGCGACAAAACACCUGGUAUAAAAAGAAGGUAAAACGUUUGUGCAAAACAUACUGGUAGUUGGCGUGCGUGUUGUCUAUGACGACACGAGGAACUAUAUUAUUGCUUCCGGCAUGGAGAAAAUACCCACAAAGUCCCACAGCAAAUACUUGUUUCAAAAUCGUGUAUAUCAUUUUACUGCAUACCCAUUAACAUUAUAUUGUACAUUACAUGCUUCUUAUUCUUUUAAACAGAAUUGUAUUUUACACAAAUAUUAUGCAUGCACUAUUGGAAAUUUGUUUCAUAGCAAUUGUAUAAGGCUUUGGCAGAUAAAAUCUGCAGUAAUCCGAUCGUGAAAUAAGAGGUAAUUGUUGUUUUUUCCUAUUUGCAAAUUGUGUACAGCACAUUGUUUUAGCAGGAAAUUAUGCACAUUUUAUUGUACCAUAACUAAUUGCAUCAAUAGUUGCUGUGAACACUAUCAUCUAAUUUGCCAAUGGUUACCUGCUUACGAGGAGCAAUGCUGUCAUAGGCAUUUUGUAAAUAAAGAGACCUCCAGAUCUUUUCUAUAACAA